AUGCACAGAAGAAUGGGAAUUGCACUAGGGACUUCUUCUGUUGCUGUGUGGACAGAAGAGCUCAUGGUUGUAUUCAGGGAUCGCAAGGACCACGUGGACUACAUGUCACAGGUGGACAAGGGAGCUACAAGCCGUUUUGCACAAAUGCCUACCCACCUGCCCACUCUUCCAUUCAGGAGUGACGGCCGCUCGGAGGGGGACUUUCCAAUGAGAAAUCCUCAGCCCAACGUCCACUCUGGCUGGCAUCCGGUUAGCUCGUACAAGACGGGCUCGGGCCUGAUGCGGACAUUCGGACCGGGUCGGCAGGCCUCGCGGUCGCAGGAGCCUCCGCAGACGGUCUCAAAGCCUGGAUCCUCCGCCCAGGAUCCCGGGAUCAGCCGCUGGUCUGCGCCACGAGUCGGGGCCCCGAGCGGAGAGGGCUACUUCGGGCAGCCGUGGGACCGAGAGCAGGGAGUACCCGGGACAAUUCAGCAGGCGCCCAGUGUCGGCCCCAAACCCCGCGCUAGUCCUCGGCGCCCAGCGUCGGCAACUGCUGCUGCCCCUACUCAAGAUGGCCGCCCGUGCCCCUUCCGCCGCCUUCGCGGCCGCUUCCUGCCGACCGUCCUGGCUCAAUCAGCGGCCGACAACUGUCUAGGGCCAAGGGCGGAGCGCGGCGUGUGGGAGGGCGCGGGGCCCGCCCGCCAAUGGGGAACUACGGCGCGCGGCCGGGACCCGGAGGCAGCGCCCCACGGCGGGCGCGGUUCAGUCGGGCUGCGGCGGCGGCGGCGGCGGUGGCGGCGGCGGAGGAGGAGGAGGAUGUGGGCCACGCACGGGCUGGCGGUGGCGCUGGCUCUGAGCGUGUUGCCGGGCGGCCGAACUCUGCGGCCAGGCGACUGCGAAGUCUGUAUCUCCUAUCUGGGAAGAUUUUAUCAGGACCUCAAAGACCGAGAUGUCACAUUCUCACCACCCUCUAUUGAAAAAGAGCUUAUAAAAUUCUGCCGGGAAGCAAGAGGCAAAGAGAAUCGGUUGUGCUACUACAUUGGGGCCACAGAUGAUGCUGCCACUAAGAUCAUCAACGAGGUGUCAAAGCCUUUGGCCCACCACAUCCCUGUGGAGAAGAUCUGUGAGAAGCUCAAAAAGAAGGACAGCCAGAUCUGUGAGCUAAAGUAUGACAAGCAGAUUGACCUGAGCACAGUGGACCUGAAGAAGCUCCGGGUUAAAGAGCUCAAGAAGAUCCUGGACGACUGGGGGGAGACAUGCAAAGGCUGUGCGGAGAAGUCUGACUACAUCCGGAAGAUUAAUGAACUGAUGCCUAAAUAUGCCCCCAAGGCAGCCGGUUCACGGACUGAUUUGUAGUCUGCCCGACCCCGCUCUGCACCUGUGGGGAAAGCAUUCCACUUGCAUCUUCCCUGCAGCCUUUUUGUAAUUUAUUUUUUAGGCGGGCUCCUGACAAUGUCAGGUGUGAAGCCUGGAGCUCUCCUGCCUAUGCUGGCUCUACAGCGCCCCCUGGGGGGUUCACUUUGUUCUGUUGCAGGUUUACUCUAGGACUUUAAAGCGUGUUUGGGAAUUUUUUAUUAAAGGAAGAACAUUUCUAGCUGUC